UUCUCGCUCCUCUGGAAGAAAAGCAGAGCUGGUCCUUUCAACUGCAGGAGAUAAGCACAGACAUUGUCUGCUCUUGUUUUGGUUCGAGAGAGACUGACAUGGUGGAGAUUCAACGGGGAGGAGGCGGCAGCCUCUGCCCCCGGCUUAUCACAGUGCUGCUGGUGGGAUUCAUUGCCAUCAUCAACAAUGCUGCUUCUGCAACUGCAGAGGGGGGGCGUAUUCUGAGUGCAUAUGAGUACAAAUCUCCCCCUCCUCCAUCACCAUCACCUCCUCCUCCAUAUUACUAUAAAUCUCCUCCACCUCCAUCACCAUCUCCUCCUCCCCCUUACUAUUAUAAGUCGCCACCUCCUCCAUCACCAUCUCCUCCUCCGCCUUACUACUACGAGUCUCCACCCCCUCCAUCUCCAUCUCCUCCACCACCAUACUAUUACAAGUCUCCACCCCCUCCAUCGCCAUCUCCUCCACCACCAUACUACUACAAGUCUCCACCUCCCCCUUCACCAUCUCCUCCUCCCCCUUACUACUACAAAUUCCCACCUCCUCCUUCACCAUCUCCUCCUCCACCUUACUAUUACAAAUCUCCACCCCCACCCUCCCCAUCUCAUCCGGACCCUUACUACUACAAAUCUCCACCCCCACCCUCACCAUCUCCUCCUCCACCUUACUACUACAAAUCUCCACCCCCACCCUCACCAUCUCCUCCUCCACCUUACUACUACAAGUCUCCACCUCCUCCCUCACCACCUCCUCCUCACCCUUACUACUACAAAUCUCCACCCCCACCCUCACCAUCUCCUCCUCCACCUUACUACUACAAAUCUCCACCCCCACCCUCACCAUCUCCUCCUCCACCUUACUACUACAAGUCUCCACCUCCUCCCUCACCACCUCCUCCUCACCCUUACUACUACAAGUCUCCACCCCCACCCUCCCCAUCUCCUCCUCACCCUUACUACUACAAGUCUCCACCCCCUCCCUCACCAUUAUCUCCUCCACCUUACUACUAUAAGUCCCCACCUCCACCAUCACCUUCCCCUCCUCCUCCUCCAUAUUAUUACAAGUCUCCACCUCCGCCAUCACCUUCACCUCCCCACCCAUAUUACUACAAGUCCCCACCUCCACCAUCACCAUACCCUCCUCCACCCUACCAUUACAGGCCUAUCCAUCACAAACACCAUCAUCACAAACACCAUCAUCACCACAAGUCCCUACCUCCACCAUAUUACUAUAAGUCCCCCCCUCCACCAUCACCAUCCCCUCCUCCCCCAUCACCUUCUCCUCCACCACCAUACUAUUACAAGUCCCCACCACCACCAUCACCCUCUCCUCCUCCUCCUUAUUACUACAAGUCACCUCCUCCUCCAUCCCCUUCACCUCCACCUCCUUAUUACUACAAGUCACCCCCUCCUCCAUCACCAUCUCCCCAUCCAGUAUACUACUACAAGUCUCCUCCUCCACCAUCUCCUUCACCUCCUCCACCAUAUUACUACAAGUCACCACCUCCACCAUCUCCCUCUCCCCCUCCUCCAUACUACUACAAAUCACCUCCUCCUCCAAACCCUUCACCACCACCACCCUACUACUACAAGUCUCCUCCUCCUCCAUCUCCCUCACCUCCACCGCCCUACUACUACAAGUCACCUCCACCUCCAUCACCAUCUCCACCUCCACCGCCCUACUACUACAAGUCACCUCCACCUCCAUCACCAUCUCCACCUCCACCAUACUACUACAAGUCUCCACCCCCACCAUCUCCCUCACCUCCACCCCCAUACAAUAACAAGGAUCCUUCAUACCACUACAAAUCUCCUCCUCCUCCAUCCCCUUCACCUCCACCUCCUUAUUACUACAAAUCACCCCCUCCUCCAUCACCAUCUCCCCCUCCACCUUACUACUACAAGUCUCCUCCUCCACCAUCUCCUUCACCUCCACCCCCAUACUAUUACAAGUCUCCUCCCCCACCAUCUCCUUCACCACCACCCCCGUACCACUACAAGUCUCCUCCCCCACCAUCUCCUUCACCCCCACCUCCCUACUACUACAAAUCUCCUCCUCCACCGUCCCCUUCACCUCCACCUCCGUACUACUACAAGUCUCCACCGCCUCCAUAUCCUUCCCCAGGACUACCAUAUCACUACACAUCCCCACCACCACCUCCAUCUCCUUUCCCAGGAUUACCAUAUCCAAAACCAACCGUACCCUACAUCUACAAGCCCCCUCCUCCUCCAUCUCCUUCUCCUCCUCCCCCAUACUAUUACCAUUCUCCACCUCCACCACUAUAGACUGCCGUCCCAAAGGGUGUUCCCUUCCAGUAGGUCAUGAAACAUUCAAUAUAAUAACCGUCUGUCGAAUAAAAAACAAUCUUUGGGCCAGUAUCAUCUCCAUCUUAUUUGUUGUUUGACAAUAUAGCUGGUAUUACAAUAGCAACGUUCAGAGGGCUUACCGCGUAUGUCACUGCAAGAUUUGUGGACUUAAGAAGAUCAGUAUUGCUAGUUGUAGUUGUUAGUAAUAAGCUGAUUGGUAUUGAUUUCGUUCAGAUGGGGUAUUUGAAGAGAAACUGAAGCGCAAUGAAUGCUGUGGAGAAAGAUUUGGCUGUCUUCAGCAUUGAAGAAUAGGGGUUUCUUUGUAUGCUCUGUUUGUACAAGAUUGUUUAUUGUAGUUCCAUUUGUACUGAGAGGAAUUCGGUCAUUCAUGGCUGCGCUACGGAACAAUAUUGAAUAAAAUGCCAGCUAAUAAGCUCAUUGAUCUCCAGUCUUCAAUCCAAUUUA